UUGCACUUCUGGGCGUGAACAGAAUGUCCUAUGACCAAAUGUAGAAAGUUGCAGACAGAUGAAGUUCCUCAGUUAGAGGCUGCAGUUUUCCGGAGAAGAUUAAACGAACUGAAGACUUGAGUGCGUACUUCACUUGCAUUAAAAUUUUAAAAGAGGAUCUAUUGGACAAAACACUUACCUGCUUUGCAGACAGCAAGAUCACGUGGACCUUCAUCUUGCACCAGAGCUGAAACUGGCAACUGGCAACACCCAACAAUGCAGCAAGCUGAGCCUCCGACUAGUUGCCACCAGAGCAAGGAGCUAUUGAUCUUGGAUGUGGAUGUUGGCGUGGAUGAUGCCCUAGCGCUGAUGAUGGCUCUGGCAGCUCCCAACGUGCACAUCCUGGCAAUAACCUGCACUCACGGUAACACGGGCAUCGACAACGUGUGCAAGAACGUGCUGCGUGUGCUGAAACUGUGUAACAGGAUGGAGAUCCCUGUCUACCGUGGAGCAGGCACCUCUCUCCUGGGUGUACUCCAUCACGCCUCACAAUACCAUGGGAUGGAUGGCCUGGGCGAUGUUCCCGAUCCCGAUGCUCCGGGUGUGGAACAUUUAAAGUCCGAACACGCAGUGAAUGCCAUGACACGGAUAGUUAAUGAGUACCCCAGGCAGGUCACUCUUGUUGCUCUUGGACCCCUGACCAACGUAGCCCUGGCUGCCAAGUUACACCCCACCUUUCCUUCAAAGCUGAAGGGUCUGUACAUCAUGGGUGGAAACAUGGAAGCCAGAGGGAAUGUGAGAGUCAGCGGCGAGUUCAACUUUGUCACAGACCCAGAAGCGGCUUCCAUUGUGCUGAGCCACUUCACUUGUCCCAUGUAUAUCGCCACCUUGGAGUACUGCCUCCGCCAUCGUCUGGCCUGGGACUUUUACAAAAAGUGGGUGAAUCAAGACAGUGCAAAGGCUCAUUUCAUGAAGAAGAUAUCUGCACAUUCUGCGGACUAUGUCCAGGAAGGCGAAGGUAGUAAGGCCUUGCUGUUUGGAAGUGGCUUUGUGUCCUGUGAUUCAUUCGCAAUGUCUGCUGCCAUCGAUGACUCGGUGGUGACGGAGCGCGCCCAGUACGGGGUGAGUGUGGAGUUGCACGGAUCACUGACCAGGGGCAUGAUGGUCGUGGACACCCUCGACAUCCUGAAGCUCCCACACAAAGCCACCGUCUUCAUGGAAUGUGACAUGGAGAAGUAUAAGCAGCAGCUGAUUAACGCCCUGAAAUGAGAUGCAGUACGUCCCACACGGAAGAACAUAAAGUGCCAGAGUUACAAUUAUACACGAUACAAACGCUAACGCCAAUAAAAUUUAUGCUUCAAUAAAGGGCUAUUAAUACCUUAAAAAUGGGGUAUUCAAUGCUAACAAUAACUCAUUCUAAUCUUGUUUAUAAAAGUGUUUGAAGUCAAACUAAACCAGUUGGAAGAUUAACUAUUAAAUCUGUUAUGGAAAUUUGAUCAUCUUUUUUAAGUAUGAAAUAUUUAACCAACCUUUCCAAAGGAAAUUCAAUGGAAGGUAUGGGAAAAUUGAAUGGUGUUUGCCAUUGUUGCUGGAUCAUUGUGUGCCUAUCUUCAGUGUAAACCAGCAUCUGCAGUUCAUUCCAACACUAUUGCGAUGCCGCACUGGUUUCCAUCCUCAUUUCUUGCCACCGUAAAUUUAAUGAAAUCCCUGCCAGUGAAGUCUCCCCAUCGCUCUCUGCUCAAUAGUCCAUGCCCAACAUAUCCUCCUCUCCGCCCACCACCUCCAGGCUUCAAAGUUCUCUACCUCUGUUGCCUCCUCCAGCCCUGUGACCCGUGAAGGCCGUGCGCUUUAGAAGUCUCUUCCUAAGCCUCUCCACCCCACGCUCUCUUCCCCUGCAGAGAGAUUAAUGGCAUCUCAUAUCCUGUGUGAUUCAGCCUUUAAUAUGAUUCAUAUGAUAAAUCCAGCCUAUGAAUACAUAUCAUUGUUUAUUAAGAUGUCUAAUUGGAUUUGGGUUCAUUUUGUUGUGAUCAGAGAUUUCAAUUUCAAAGACAUGGUUUGACUCGAUAUUUCAAGCUGUUAACACUCCACAGGAGAACCAAUAUAAGAAAAUAAUAUGCACUUUAUUUGAUAUGGAGACAAUAUAACGUCAUAGAAAUAGGCUUUGCUUUUGCUGAAUUUGGUGGGAACCACUGAAUUCAUAUUGUAAUGGCUCAUAAAUACCGUGUGAAUCAAUAGAAAAUAAAGGUCAAAUGGAACUAAA